AUGGCUGCCUGCAGCCUGACACUGGGACUGUGGCUAGUGCUGCUUCUCCAGGAUACCCAGACAGCCCCUCAGACAUCACUAACCCCAUCUCAUUCCUGUGAUACACUUGAGAAUGGGUUCUAUGAUGAAACUUCACGAAGCUGCUGUUACCAGUGUCCCUCAGGCUAUGUUAAAAAGAGAGCAUGUCCUAGGGACGUAGAUGAAGACUGCAUGAGAUGUGGACCUGAACAAUAUGUGAAUGAAGCAUUGCAAAAGCCACAAUGUGACGCUUGUGUGUCAUGUGCAAAAGAAUCUGACCUUGUGGAGAAAGAGCCCUGUUCCUUCAAUUCUAGCCGUGUGUGUGAGUGCCGCCCAGGCCUGUUCUGUCAAACCCCUGUUCAGAACACCUGCAUGCGAUGCCAGAAGCACACUGUUUGCAAGCCUGGUUUUGGAGUCAAAGUCAGAGGCACCUCAACAAAUGAUGUUACUUGUGAACAGUGCCCUUCCGGGACUUUCUCUGAUCAAAACUCCAGCACCGACAUCUGCAAGCCCCACACGAACUGUGGUGAGUUAAACAAAGUAGUGCUAAGCAAAGGAAAUGCGACACACGAUCAGGUUUGCCUGGACCGAUUGCCCACCUACCUCACCCCAAGCACUUUGUCCAUGGGAUUCAGCAAUGAAACAAGUAACUCUGACCUAAGAAGGUUUGAGGAGAACCUGGUGACCAUUGCUAGUGUGCUUUUAAGUGCCACAACAACUGAAAACCCCAGUUCAACUCCUGAGGAGAAAGCUCCGGCUGGUCUAGUUCUUUGGGGAGUGGUUCUCUCUGUGGUAGUGCUACUUGUGGGCAUGCUGUUAUUUUGGAAAUGGAAGGUUUGCAAGAAGCGGAUCCUCAUCCUCAAAGGAAAGCCACAUCUGCGUUCCAUCACUUCACACAAAUCUGGGCUCAGAUCUCAAGGUUCUGAUCUAGUGAACAAAACUGCAAAGAUCAUACUGACUGCUGACAGUGGGCCAGAAGAGGAGUUAAUUGACAGAACCCUCCCUUUGGAAAACAACAAUAACUUGAUGUCCAGCACAGAAAACGCAUAUAGUCCUGAUGUGAGUCUGACUGAUGUGACACAGAGCAGUGGAAAUGCCCCAGAAUGCGCUAUAGAUUCUCGAGUGAGAGACCACACAAAUAAUCGAAUUGAAAAAAUAUACAUCAUGAAGGCCGACACUGUUAUUGUGGGGUCUGUUUCGGAAGUGCCUAGUGGCAAGAACUGUGCUGCUAGAGGAUGCGAAAGUAAUGUUGAUGCCCAGGAAAAUACAGAAGAGGAACUGGCAAUGCACUAUCCAGAGCAAGAAACAGAGUCUUUUCCAGGGAAUGAUGUAAUGGUUCCCGUGGAAGAGGAGGGAAAGGAAUUUCACCACCCCACCACUGCCACUGAAAAGUGA